UAAAGAAGAAUUUUGAAAUUGUGCUAUGCAAAUUGUUCGAAGCCAAAUUUCACAAGUCAGUUGUUUCUAGUCGGCGUGUUUUUGUGAACGUACCAGUCUCGCCCAACAACAAAAUAAACGAAAAGAUAAUCAGCUGUCUUUUCUUCAGGUCAGGUCAUGGAGUUUGCAGAGCUGAUAAAGACACCAAGGGUGGAUGGGGUUGUCCUACAUCGGCCUUUCAUGCCCACUGUUGAGGGGACUCUGUGUUUGACUGGUCAUCACCUGAUUCUCUCCUCCAGACAGGACAACACCGAGGAAUUGUGGCUGCUUCACUCAAACAUUGACUCUAUUGAGAAGAGAUUUGUGGGGCCUCUGGGAAGCAUCAUAGUCAAAUGCAAAGACUUGAGGGUGAUCCAGCUUGACGUCCCUGGCAUGGAGGAGUGUCUCAACAUUACCAGCUCUAUUGAGGCUCUGUCCACACUUGAUUCAGUCUCCCUGAUGUACCCUUUCUUCUACCGGCCCAUGUUUGAAGUCAUAGAAGAUGGCUGGAAUUCAUUUCUUCCAGAGGAUGCCUUUAAAGAUUUAGAGUCUAUGACAGAUGAGUGGAGACUGAGCGAAGUCAACAAGGACUUCAGUGUGUGUCCAUCAUACCCCCCUUUAGUGGCAGUGCCCAAAGAUGUUGAUGAUGACACACUGAGGAAAGUAGCUACCUUCCGUCACGGUGGCCGCUUUCCAGUACUUAGCUACUACCACAAGAAAAAUGGCAUGGUGAUGAUGCGAGCAGGGCAGCCUCUGACGGGCACCAACGGACGACGGUGUAAGGAAGACGAGAAGCUGAUCAAUGCCACCCUGCGGCCAGGCAAACGCGGCUACAUCAUUGACACACGCACUAUCAAUGUUGCCCAGCAGGCCAAAGCUCGAGGUGGAGGAUUUGAGUCUGAGGCUAACUACCCCCAGUGGAGGAGGAUCCACAAGGCAAUCGAAAGGUCUAACGUCCUCCAGGAGAGCCUGAUAAAGCUGGUAGAGGCGUGUAACGACCAGUCGCACAGUAUGGACCGCUGGUUAAGCAAGCUAGAGGCUUCGAGCUGGCAGACUCAUGUCAAAGAGAUCCUCACCACUGCCUGUCUGGCUGCUCAGUGUAUCGACAGGGAGGGAGCGUCAGUGCUCGUUCACGGUACAGAGGGGGCAGACUCCACCCUGCAGGUGACCUCCUUGGCUCAGAUAAUCCUUGAUCCAGCCUGCAGGACCAUCCGAGGCUUCCAGGGCCUGGUGGAGCGAGAGUGGCUCCAGGCGGGUCACCCAUUCCAGCAGCGCUGCGCCCAGUCAGCCUACUCCAACAGCAAGCCUCGACAAGAGGCUCCUGUCUUCCUGCUCUUCUUGGACUGUGUGUGGCAGAUCCUUCGCCAGUUUCCAUGCUCCUUUGAAUUCAGCGAGAGCUUCCUGGUGCUGCUCUUUGAACACGCCUAUGCUUCUCAGUUUGGCACCUUCUUGGGCAACAGCACAGCUGAGAGAGCCAAACUGUCUCUGCCUGAGAAGACUGUGUCCCUUUGGUCGUGGGUAAAUCGGCCCCAAGAACUGGAGCGUCUUACCAACCCUCUCUACGAGGCCAACAGUCUUGUGAUCUGGCCCUCCGUGGCCCCUCAGAGUCUGCUGCUGUGGGAAGGAGUGUUCCUUCGCUGGAACCGCUCCUCCAAGUGUUUGGAAGAGGCCUACGAGGAAAUGGUACAUAUAAUUGAAUAUAACAAGGAGCUUCAGAACAAAGUAAACAGCCUGCGCAGGCAGCUGGCCCAGCUGGAAACUGAAGAUCCUCUGUUGCAGGCGCCAUAGAGAGAGAGAGAGAGAGAGAGCUGCUAAAGGAAGCAAGAUGGAAGAAAGAGGUAGAAAAUGUGAAAUUAUAACUAAUCUAAACUAAUAACUAAAUACAAAAACAAUGUAAAUGUCAGCUGGUUUUAGGCUUUGGUUAGGUUUAAAUUCUUUUCAGAUGUUUGAGAAUAUAUAAUCCAAACAAUUAUAAUUUUAGAUUUUAUACAUGAUUGUUACAUUUUCGUUUUCUGCACAGAUGAAAAAUUAAAUGGAAUGGCCCUAAGCCCACAUGAACUUCAAAAUCAAGCUCUCUUCGAUUUUGCAUUCAUGCAGUUAUCUUUCACACUGUUUACAUGACUGAAUGGACUGAAAGAGUGCCCUGACACCUUACAUGCAUAAGGGACAAAAAAAAAAGGGGCAUUGAUUUUGUUCAUAUUGGUCCUUUGGAUGUUCAUUUACUACAGGGUACACAUUUUCACCAAACAUCCUGCUGAAUGUAUAUGCCACUGAAGCACUGCAGAGUAACUAUGGCAACAUAUAAAGUGCUAUAAGGCAGCAUGUGACUUUGCUGCACGUUGAGAUGAUAUAAUAAGCGUAGGUAGGGUCAGCACCUACUGUACUAUACAAUGAGAGGGGAGGCUUGUUUAAUAGGGAUCUGACCAAAAUGUCCUGAUUCUUGUAUGUUUAUCAGAUACUUGACAUUCCAGUAAGUAGCACAGCCAGAGGUGUUUAGAAAGUCUUAUUUAACGCAACCUUAUAAAAUGUUAAUGUCCAUCAGCAUGCCUGGUUAUGUUUGGUCAAUAUUUUUUCCAGUCUCAUUAUGCGUAGUAAAAUAGUCAAAUAUGUUUGAGCGUAUGAUGCAAAAAAAAAACAGAGCAAUGAUGGUACUGAGAGUCUUGUUGCCACAGUAGUGGUGGCCAUGUUGGUCAUAUAAUUUAUUAGUAAGACUUUACAAACUUGAUCACAUGGAGGUUUGUCUGCCUAAAAAGUGAAAAUAUUAUAUCAAUGUGAGAUAUUGCUUUAAGGACCAGUUACCAUUUUGGUCAUUAAUGUUAUAUAAUAAUUGCUGCGUUCAAUAAACAAAAUGCAUAUCUGCUGUUUUGUGGUUCAAGAUCCAAAACUAAUGCACUUUGUGUGAAUAUACAGUAUCAGAAACAUACUCUUGUAAUUAUAAUUAUCGCGAUUAGCAUCAUCUUUGUUGUUAGUACUCAACAGCUGUUGCCAUAUUAGACAAUAAAUGUCUUAAUAUUACAUGUGAAAACAUGCCAAUAUAUCCAACUAAUGUAAACUCAAACUAUUAUACUCACUGCAGAUGACACAGAUAGUGUGUCAUGGGAACAUUCACAUGAGUGUCAGUGUCCGGCAUCCAAAGUGAUCAUUUUCUCACCAACCCAGGACUCAUCAUAGCAAGUCCAUGACCAGGAAAGCCACAUAAAAACAUUGUUGGCAUUUCUUCCAAACCUUUAAAUGCAUUAAUGAGGAAGCUAAACAUGUUUAAAACCACAUGACCUAAAUUCUCUUGGUAUAGUGACAUUAAAGCUCAUCUUUCAGUGCUGUCAAUGGGUGAAUGUAGCUCCCAUUAAUACAGUUAAUAAAGUUUUAUGCUGCACUUUAAAUCCACAAACAAAAUGGCAGUUUAGGGGUAAAAUGAAAUCCACAGUCUUCAUCCUUGCCCAAUUUUGUUUUGCCAGUAAAAAAAAUAAUGCAUUUUCUGUCCUCGUUUCACUGUCAUCUUCACACAUUUCAUCUAUUUUGCUUCAAGAAUGAUGUAAUAAUCACACUAAACUGAACUGAUUGCAGCCACUACAUUAAACUGCUUUAUAAAGGGAGGUGCGUAUAGCUACACUAUAUACAUUUUUACCUUUUACCAAAAAAAGACACCUUACCUACUGUUGCUUUAUGUGUGCAUGAAUGAAAUAAUGAGUUCAAUCAAGAUAAUGGUUUGAUUUACAAUUGUACAAAGUUCCUAUGCUUGCGUUAUGCAUAACAUUAUCCUUAAAUGAUUGUUGCUUUGUCAAAGUCAACAAAACUCUAAAAUAUUAUCAGCACUGUGGACAAAUAAUGCUUUUGUCUGUUGUUGUACUUUUCAGCUAUGUGCAAUGCCUUACUGCAAAAUCAGAAUUCAAAAUAAACAUUUAAGUUCUUUUAUCACUGCUGAUCAGAUGUCUGUAAAAUGAUAUUAUUGUUCAAAAGAUAAAAUGUUUUUCAAGCCAUUAAAAAUUAUAGCACAAAAGA